ACCUGCUCAUAGACCCAAUAGGAUUUAUUUUCAACAUGACUUUAACGUCGUCUUUUUAAUUUAGUUUUUAGAACCCUUUCCGUUGGUCGAAAUCAUCCGAGGGUGUUCACCCUACGAAAAAACAGAGGAUUGGAAAUGUUCUGCAUUUUUAUUACCCGAAAAGGCCGCCAGAGGGCGCUAUGUACGACGUAGACGUUUAGGCAAAAAAAAAAAAAAAAGCCAUUUGUAUUAUUUCAGGCUGUCCAGCUUCUCGUUACCAUGGAUACAGAGAAGCGGCAUUCCAGUUUCAAACGUUUUGGAUAAGUUUCAUAACAAAGCGCGGAUUUCUUGAAGCAAGAAGUCUCCAUAGUCAGUUUUUACUUGACAACUGAAGUUAACCACAGUUAGCUAAUUUAAUUCUUCUUCUAUCGGUCAAUUAGAAACGUCCAGCUCAGACCCAGAAGGUUAUUGCUGCUGUAACAGGAGGAGGAAUUAUGCUGAGUAAAUCUGCAACGGUGAAGGAGGUGGAGACACAGCUGCGGCAGAGUGCUCUCGUUGAGAUGGAUGUGGCGAGGAAGAGACAGGAGACGCUAUCACUGUAUCUCAAGGACAAGUUUCAGGAGGAUCAGAAGAACACUGCCGAGAACCUCCAGAAGCUGAAUGAAAGCUUCAAACAGAGCAUGAGUCUGACUCAAGGCAGCGAGCUGUUGGAAGGCAUGAGGGCUCUGAAGCAUGGGAACGAGAAGCGCCUGGAAGAGAUGGACUUCAUCAUCCAGAACUUGGUGGGGGAGCUGCAGGAGGCAGAUCGUCACAUCGAAGAUAUACAGCGCAGUCACCUGCAGCACAUUGAGCCUCUUUUGGAUCAGCACAAGAGGAUGCUGAUGAAACUGGAGCAGGAGAGGGAGAGCAACCUACAUGACAUCAGCUCUAAGUUCAGCUCAGAGAAGGAGAGGAUGUUGGCUACCCUCCAGCAGCAGAACCAGGCCCUGGUGGACCUUCUUGACGAGCCCAUGGGUAUUUCUGAAACCAACAAGGAGUCUGAUGAUUACAGAUGGAUUCAGAGUCAACUGGGUUCUUCUGGUAAGAUAUUCACCAUGGCAGGAGAACCAGCAGCUGCAGGUCAUGGUGGAUCAGAAGGGAAGAAAAAGAAAAAAAGGGCCUGUAGGGACACCCCACUCUGCUCCUGGCCCUCCAGGUUCCAUUCUCCCCCAUUCAGGAGAUAGAGACACAAAAAGCUAACCAGCUGUGUUAUUUGCUCGUCUGACCAGUUUUUACAGUUACAGUUGAUUUAAUAAAAGUUUUUAACACCAUAGAGCAUAGUAUUUUCUUAUUUAUGUCAUUAGACAAACUAGAGAAGUAUGACUUUAGAAGCCCUGCACCUGCAUAGCUGAUGAGUUAUCUGAAAAAUAGAUGACACCCCUCUAUAUUGUUCAGGGGAAAACUUGCACCAGCUUAUCAGUGAUAUAAAGA